UUGAAAGAUGACAUCCCAUCUAAAUCGACAAGCCAUAUGGCGUUGUAUCAUUGCUGGCCUCUUUGCACUGAUACUUGCUGCAGUGUUAUCACCGUCAAAGACACCAGCAUCUGAACCGUUCCGGGAUGCAGCAUCGAUCAGAAGAGCUAGAGAGACCACCGUUAAAACGGCUGCAAAAUUGAUCGACUCGAUGAAAUCAAACAGACCACAAAAUAGCAACCGUGUGCAUUUGAGCGACGUAGAAGUGGAUGUUAUACGACAUAGAAUAAGAUCUUCUGAUGUUUUGGAUGACUUGAGAAAGCUUAGCAAGACAUGGCAACAAAAGUCUGACGUAAACACCAUCCCAACUCCAGGCUGGCCAUGGCCAUGGCCAGCGCCAGUUGAUCCCGAUGUCUACCUUAACAUGAGUGGUUUGAUCUGGAGUAAAGGUUAUCCUGUGGAGGAGUAUACUGUCCAGACAGAGGAUGGAUAUCUCCUAGGAUUGUUCCGCAUCCCCCAUGGCAGACAAAACAACUCCAAAAAUACAGGCAGCAAACCGGUCGUCUUCCUACAGCACGGCCUGUUGGCUGCUUCCACCAACUGGGUUGAGAAUUCAGCCAGUGAGAGCCUUGGUUUCAUCCUGGCCGAUGCAGGCUAUGAUGUAUGGAUGGGUAACAUGAGAGGAAACACCUACUCUAGAAGGCACGCAAGGUUGGAUCCCAAUAAGCGGCGGUACUGGCAGUUUAGCUGGGACCAGAUGGCAAAAUAUGACAUCCCUGCCAUGCUAAAUUUUGCCCUCAAGAUGUCGGGUCAAUCCACGCUGGACUACGUGGGUCACUCGCAGGGCACUCUGGUGGCCUUCACCGGAUUCACCCUUGACCUUAACCUAGCCAAGAAGGUCAAGCACCUCUUUGCACUGGGCCCUGUUUAUACUGUCCGAGACAUUCAUCUUGAAUUCAUCUUGAAGGAUAUCAUUACCUCGAAGCUUGUGAUGUGGCUAGCUGAUAUAUUGUCAAUAGUUGGUAUCGAUGAAUUCCUGCCUAACUCCUACAAUCAGUUUGGAGCCCGGACUCUGUGUGCCUGGCCCGAGACACGGCUCAUCUGCGAGGCCGUCAUGAUGUUUCUCGGUGGCCAUAGCGGGCAUCACCUGAAUGCAUCGAGGCUGCAGGUCUACGUCUCCAACGAACCCGCUGGAACAUCGCUACAGAACAUGGAGCACUUCAUCCAGAUGGUGAUAACUGGAAAAUGUCAGAUGUACGAUUAUGGAAUGAUUGGGAACUUUUUUCAUUACCAUCACAGAAAACCACCAAAAUACCAUGUGGAGAACCUCAACGUGCCUGUCGCCCUAUUCUGGGGGGACAACGACUCCCUAGCCAAUCCCCAGGACGUGGGGAGGCUCAUACCCCAGAUACCUCAUCUCAUUUACAACAAGGAAAUCAAGAACUUUGAGCACCUAGACUUCAUCUGGGCCAUGGAUGCAAAUAAGAUUGUAUACAACGAUAUCCUACUCAUUAUGAACGGGACAAUACCUACUCAUUAA